AUGUCUAUGCUUCCCACGUUUGGUUUUACGCAGGAGCAAGUUGCGUGCGUCUGCGAGGUGCUCCAACAAGGCGGCAACAUUGAGAGACUGGGCCGCUUUCUCUGGUCUCUCCCCGCCUGCGAGCACCUCCACAAAAACGAGUCUGUGCUGAAGGCGAAGGCGGUUGUAGCCUUUCACAGAGGCAACUUCCGAGAGCUCUACAAGAUCCUGGAGAGUCAUCAGUUCUCCCCACACAACCAUCCCAAACUGCAGCAGCUGUGGCUCAAGGCGCACUACAUCGAGGCGGAGAAGCUGCGCGGGCGGCCGCUUGGAGCCGUGGGCAAAUACAGAGUGAGAAGGAAGUUUCCUUUGCCCCGAUCGAUCUGGGACGGAGAGGAGACCAGCUACUGCUUCAAGGAGAAGAGCCGAAGCGUGCUGCGAGAGUGGUACACGCACAACCCGUACCCGUCCCCCCGAGAGAAGCGCGAACUUGCGGAGGCGACCGGACUCACGACCACACAAGUCAGCAACUGGUUCAAGAACCGGAGACAGCGUGACCGGGCAGCGGAGGCCAAGGAGAGAGAAAACAACGAGAACUCGAACAGUAACAACCACAACGCGCUGUCCUCUUCCAUGAAUGGAAGUAAAAGUCUUUUAGGGAGUUCAGACGAUGACAAGACGCCGUCUGGAACCCCGGACCACCACCACAACUCGUCCCCGGGCCCCACGAUGCUCAUGGGCUCCAACAGCAGCGGCUUGGCGUCUCUGCACGGCCUCGCACCGCCGCCCGGGCCCAGUGCCAUCCCGGUGCCGAGCGCGGACUCAGUGCUGCACCAUCACCACCACCACCACGGACUGCACCACGACAUCCUCAACCCCAUGUCGGCCAACCUGGUGGACCUGGGCUCGUAG